UUCACCAUGGCGACGCUAGCUUCGUUAAAAAUGGCCGCCGCGGCAGCGCAGACCCGUCCCAGGCGGUUCUAGGUUGGUUCUAAUUGAAUGCGGGAACAUUUCCUCCUCAGAACAUUGAAGAUGUUCGCGGAUGAAGCUCUGGACCCGGUGACGGUGGCGUCAGUGUGGAGGAAGGCCCAGCAGGGGGCGCAGCAUUCGAGAGGCUGUCAGACCCCGGCGGUGCUCAGCGACCAUGCCGGAGUCCAGACCCGGUUCACAGCCUCCAGUUCCACCCAGACGGAACCACAGGAGCAGAACCUCCAGGAGGGAGGCCUCGGUGGUCCCGACCCACCCGGACUGGUGGACUUCCUGAAGCGGGUGGAGGACCCGGUCACCAAGGAGCUGGAGAAGAACUCCCGGAGCCACGCUUUCGAUGGUUACCAGGCGAACUGGGAGGAAGGAAGCGACCAUGUGUCUCUCCUCCACAGCCUCCAGCAUCCCGGCGCUGAAGAAUCGGGUCUCCAUGUGAGCGCCGUGUCCUGGAGCUGCACGGGUUCUGUUAUCGUCUGCGCCUACGGUCGAACCGACGACGGCGACUGGACCCACCAGAAGUCCUGCGUGUGUUUGUGGAACCUGGACCGCCGCAGGCUGAGGCCCAAACAGGCGGACCUGGUUCUGGAGGUUCCGGCAGCCGUCACGUCUGUGUGCUGUCACCCGGAGCGGCCCGCUCUGAUCGCAGGAGGUCUGUACAACGGAGAGGUGGUGGUCUGGGACACCAGCCGGACUCAGGAUCCGGUUCUGGCCCAAACCGGCAUGUCGGCAGACAGCCACAGAGAACCCGUGUAUCAGGUGGUCUGGGUUCCCCUGCAGAAGAAAGGAGACUUUGGGGUUCUGAGUUCUAGUUCUGGAGGAGAGGUUCUGCUGUGGCUGGUGGACCCAGACCAGGGCCGGCUGGUUCUGAACGCUGCGUACGCCUUCGUACGGCAGCAGCUUCCCCACAGCAGCAGCCUGAAGAGCCGGGGCAGCAGCAGGGUGGGGGUCAGCGCUCUGGCUCUGUCUCCGUGGGACGCGGACACCUUCCUGGUGGGAUCAGAAGGCGGUCUGCUGCUGCGCUGCUCCUUCUCCUGCGGCCCGCCGGCCGCCGUGGCCCCUGAGGGCCGCAGCGUGGCGCCGCGGGCCCCGGCCCGGUUCUGCUUCAGGCCCGCUGGCGGCCCGGUCCACUCCCUGCACUGCUCGCCGUUCCACAGGUACCGACUCCCGCCGCCUCAGACUGCAGCUGUUCUGACCCGCUAUGACCCGACCCGUCUCCGCAGGAACCUGUUCAUCAGCGCCGGAACCGACGGUGAGGUCCGGUUGGGCUCGCUGCUGCAGGCCGACCCGCUGCUGGCGGUCCGGGUGUCGGACUCGUACGUCUUCCAGGCCCAAUGGUCCCCCAGCAGGCCGCUGGUGUUCGCAGCCGCCACCGGACAAGGUGAGGUCCAGAUCUUUGACCUGGCCCGGAAGUCCCUCCGGCCCGCCGCCACCAUCCGGGACGGCGCCGCGGACCGGACCGCCACCUGCCUGGCCUUCAACGGCGCCGACCCGCGGCUGCUGGCGGCGGGCCGGUCCGACGGUACCGUGGGGGUGUGGCUGCUGAGCUCGGACCUGACGGAGCAGAGGGCGGAGGAGAGCCUGCGGCUGGAGCAGAUAGCCAAUCAGGUGGCAGAGUGAAAUAAAGGCGACCCGUUUCCAUGGUAA